AUGAUUACGAACACCAAGAGAUCACCCCGCCAUGGGGUGUUCAUGGGACGCGCGGUGCUGUUCACGGCCGUACUAGCCGAUAUGUCUAAAGUAGGGCUGAUUGGCCCGCCCCUUCCAGGGCUUGCCUGGAGGCGAACCUUUCCCCGCUCGAUGAUGCAGUCGACAGAGCCGAAGUUGAGAGUACGGUGUUUCGGCGGUUUAAGAGUUCUCGUUAGGGCAUGUGACGUCUCGGAUGCUACCAGUCUCCAAUGGUGUGGGCCCAAAACCCGUAUCUUGGUGGACAGUCGAGAUCACUGCCCGCAGGGGUGUCCGCCGAGCCAAAAAACUCUUUCGGAGAACGAGGAACGCGGCCGACCACGAGGCAUACAGAAAAGUUUACGUUUCACUCAAACGCGCUUUGGUUCGGCUUAUCAGUAA